UUUUCCAAAAGUCCCUUUUGAAAUACAGUUAAAAAAUAAGAUGAAAGUUGGCAACCCUGCAUUGGACAUUCGAAUUAGGUUAGAAUUUCAUAGCAACUUCAGCUCAAAACAAGUGAAAUGUUACAUCCAUCCAGUGGGAUCGGACAGUUUGCAGCUAAUUCAAGAAAAAUAAUAAGAUUCCUUCGUUCAGGCUGUACGAAUAGACCUUUCUAUCACAUUGUUGUUUCAGAAAGACGAAAUACACAAAAUGAGCCAGUUAUUGAACAGGUAGGGUCAUAUGAUCCUAUCCCAAAUGAGUGUAAUGAAAAAUUGGUGUCCUUAAAUUAUGAGCGGAUUCAAUAUUGGAUUGGAAAUGGUGCAGAUACUACCACAUCAGUUGCAGAGCUCCUCGGAUUAGCUGGUUUCUAUCCAAUUCAUCCGCGCCAGUACCUAACGGCAUGGCGUAAUAGAAGGAAUGCAAAUGCACAAACUUAAAAAUUGUUUAACUUGACAUUGUAUAAAUAUUUAAUAAUUAAAAACGAGAUAAAAUACA